AUGGUAGAAGCCUCUACAGAGUUUGAGCCUUCUACUACUCGAGCUAAAGAUCAAGAGGACUCUGACGAUGAUUUUGAUACUGAAGAUUCUACUGCUAGGGAAAAUCCUUUUGGAGCUGUUAUUCAAAAGAUUCGUGACCUUGCAGUUUCCCUUAAGCUUUCUAGUAAGAAGACGCAAGAGUUUCUCGACCUCCAGAAAUCGACUCGCAUUGGCCAGCGACCACUACGCCUCCUCCGCGAUGUUAAGACAAGGUGGAACUCUACUACACUUAUGUGUCUCCGCGCAAGAGAGCUUAAAACAACGAUUUCAGCUUGGGUUGAAAAGCACUCUCUACAGGAACAAUUCUCUCUUGUAGAGACCGAUUGGGAGGCUCUUGAUAUUCUGCUUGAUAUCACCAGCCCGUUUUUACUCUUUACAAACAUCCUCAGCCGGUUAAAUGACCUUACCCCUGGUCAUACCUUUACUUUAUUACAAGUUGCAACAAUAUCAAUCCUUCAGGCUGCUACGAAAAAGGGCCAAGAGAAGCUGGAAAAAUACGUUCAAAAGCUAAUUGAAGAGGAUUCCUUCAAGGUAUAUGGUAUUGCAACUCUCCUUACCCCUGAAGCUGGGACAUCAGUUUCGAGUACUUUUGACACGCGAUUCCAAUUCGCAAAUUACUUCGAAUACCUUCCUUCUUCAGCCUCACUUCGAACUCGAGUACAGCAAGAAUUUAUCAAGAGAUAUCUGAAGGUCUCUGAUGAUCUUACUAAGAUCUCUAUUACUGCUACAGGAGAUGCUCCCUCCCCGCCUCCUUACGAAGUCUCAGUAGAAGAGGAGGAUAUUAGCGAUAGAGAUGAGGAGCUGCCAUCCUUAUCUAGCUCUCAACAGCCAAAACUAUCGAGUCAAGUUUCCCAACUUAGCAACUCACCUACGCCUUCUGUAUCCCAAGAACUCCCAAACUUCUCCGAGCUUGGGGGUCGCAAAAGGAAGAGACUUACUCGGCUAGAUCUUGUCGAACUCUCUCCUGACGAGGAUAGCGAUUAA